AUGAAUGUUCGUUUUUCUGAUGGAGACAAUCAGUGGACCUGUGGCUGUGAAAAAGCGGCUUCUGGAGACGUUCAGAAGGUUCAAACGAAUGAGACUGGCGCUGGAAUAGAGACGUUUCUCUACUACAUGCUACCAUCAUUCCUCAUUUUCUCCCUUCUCGCAGGAGUCCUCUAUUGUCUUCAAUCCGUCAAUUUCAAAAAGGAAACAAAACACAUGAUGGAGCCGCUCAAAGUCAGAAUUCUUCCAAAAGAUCCAGAAUUAAAAUAA